AAAAUUAAGGCAGUUCAGAGUGAAAGAGAUCGUCUGUCAAUGCUACUUGCAGAAUACGUUGACGAUAUUGUAUUAAGCCAAAAUUCUCAUCCUACAACACAUCAUCUAUUUGAAGAAGCACCGGAAAUUAAUGAAGAGAGUGUUAAGAAUAUUCUUUCUUUUUAUGAAACUGGAAAAUUACGCUUUCAAGAGGUGCUUGCGGAAGAUGUAUACAAAACUAAACCCCGAACUUCCAAACGUCGUACACGGAAUAUAAAUCGUUAUACCUAUACAUAUUUUGAAAGUAUAAGAAAACAAAAACGUCGUCAAAUAGGCAAUCCUAUUCAAGAAUCAAUUGUUCAGCAGAAUACUUUAAUAUCGCAACAAACAUCGUCGUUGUCAUCCUCUACAACCAAUCCUUAUAAACGUCCAUGUCGUACUACCACAGAACCAGAAAAAACAAUACUUGCACAAUUGUUUGAACUUGAAGAUACAGUGUCUGAAAAUGAAAUCCAGAAAGUGCUAUCAGAACUUCUUACUGUCUCUCCAGAUUGGACAAAAGAAAGG